GCGAAGCCGCGGCGAUGUCCCAGAGCGCGACCCGUCUCCUGGAAGGAACCUCGCUGGGCUGAACGCGGAGUGGCAGUGCGCUUCACCCGGUAGUGUGCGAAGAACUAGGAGCCUAAGGGGGCGCGAGCUGGCCGGAAGAAUUCAAAUCAGAAGUGGGAAUAUGCCUUCUAAAAUUCAUAUUUUGAGCUAAAGGUGCCAUAUAAAGAAGCUCAGAGCUGAAAGUGAACAUGGCAGAAGAAGAAGACUAUAUGUCUGAUUCCUUCAUUAAUGUGAAAGAAGAUAUCAGACCUGGAUUGCCCAUGUUGAGGCGAAUCAGAGAGGCUCAUCAAAAAGAAGAAAAGCAUCGGGAAGCAAAUCUAAAAAAUAGACAAAAGAGUUUAAAGGAAGAGGAAAAAGAAAGACGUGAUAAUGUUUUGAAGAGUGCUUUGGGUAGUGAAAACAAGGGAUUUACUUUGCUCCAAAAGAUGGGUUAUAAAAGUGGACAGGCUCUUGGCAAGAGUGGCAGUGGCAUUGUUGAACCUAUUCCUCUGAAUAUCAAAACAGGAAGAAGUGGCAUUGGUCAUGAGACAUUAAUAAAACGGAAAGCAGAGGAAGAACUGGAAAAUUACCGAAGAAAAAUUCAUUUGAGAAACCAAACUGAGGAAAAAGCUGCAGAUCAGUUUCGAUUGAGACUCAAAAAUAAAAAAGAAGAACUUAAGUUAGAAGGUGAUCUUAAAAGAAGUCAGAGAGCCUGCCAUCAAUUAGACACACAGAAGGAUAUUCAAGUUCCCAAGGAACCAUGGUACUGGUUCAUGCCAGAAAAAGAAGAACAGGAAGAUGAAGAAGAGAAAGGAGAGAAAGAACAGGAAGAAGAUGAAUAUGGUGGUGAAGAAUUAAGUGUAUUGGAAAAAUUACAAAUUCUGACAAGAUAUUUAAGAGAAGAACAUCGGUAUUGUAUUUGGUGUGGAACAACCUAUGAAGAUGAAGAAGAUUUGUCUUUGAAUUGCCCUGGACCAACUUCUGCAGAUCAUGACUAAAAAUUUUCCUAUUAAAAGGGAACCUAGAAAAUGUCAAUGUUUCCUUAAUACUUUGUAUGGUUGAACAUUUAAAUUUCACAUAUUUAUUGAUCAGGGCAGUUAAGAACACCAGACCAUAAAGUUUUAUUUUUUUGCAUAACUAGGACAAUGGAAUCAUUCAUCAAUAUGUAAGAAUAUCAAGAUGCUGUUUAAGAACAAAAAUGCCAUGGAAAAUGACAAUUAGAGUUUAUAAACAUAUUGUGAUUAUGUGGUCAUCAAGCACUCUGUUCCAUCAAAGUUCUGGAAAAUUUUAGCUCUUAGCAAUGAAUUUAGGGCAGGGUAAUUAUGAGAGAUUAUUGAUAGACUUUUGACUUUUUCUAUUGUUUUGUUAAGCACAUUGUUUGGAGGUUUUCAGUCAGACCCUUGAAAAUUGGAAAGGAUCUUAGAUAUCGACUGCCGGGGUGGGGAACCUGCCUAGUCUGAUAUGCUGUUCAUCAUAGGAACCCUUCUGCAGCAACCUCUGACAGGUGUCAUCCAAUUUGAAUACUUUUAGUGACAUAGAACUCAUUCCAUUUUUGCACAGCUUUGCUUUUUAUUAUACCCAUAGCUGCUUCCUUGUAACUUUCUCCUAUUAGUCUGUACUUUGAAGCAACAUAUUAGCCUAUCCCUUUUUCUGUGUAACAGGACUUCAAAUACUUGAAGGGAGCUAUUGUCUUUCCCUUUAGUCUUUGUUCCAAGCUAAAUAGCCCAAUGUCUUUAAAUUGUUAUUCAUCAUAAUGUAAUUUUCAGGUUUUUUUUAACCUUCCUUGAACGUAUUCCAGUUUGUUUAUGCCCAUCUCACAAGACACUGUCCAAAACAAUGAAAUAAUCCAGUUGUGGUUCAACCAGUGUGAAAGAAAAUGGUAGUUUUAUUUCCUAUGAUGAAGACACUGUAUUUCUACAAAUGCAUUCUAAGAUUAUAUCAGUGUUUUUAGCAGCCAUAUCACAUUGUCAUCCUGUUAACUUGUGGUCAUCCAAAAUCUUUAUGUCAAACCAAAGCCUCCCAUAUCCUUAUUUAUUCAAUUUAUUCUUUUAAUUAAAAUGCAAGAUUUUAUAUUUA